GUCAAGUUUGAACAAAUUUUUCAACGGUCGCGGUUCAGCUUGUUUUUCAUUUCAGAAACCAAGAAACUUUCAAAACAAACUUUCAACUUUGUUGUUUCUUUCAAAAUGCUCAACAAAAUAGAAAACAUAUUGAGUAACCUUGAAAGCCCUCUCCUCUUUCUGGUGGACGAACGCUUGAAAACGUUUAAAAACUGGCCUUUUAGUGACAAAGAAAAGUGUAACAUCCGAAACAUGGCGGAGGCUGGUUUCUAUUCUGUAGCGACUGGUGACGAAGACGUGGAUGCUGCGAAGUGUUUCCUCUGCGGCAAGGAGCUGGACGGCUGGGAAGCGAGCGACGAUCCUUGGGCAGAGCAUAAAAGCCAUGCCGCCAUGUGCGCGUUUGUACAACUUGGCAAAAAAGAAGAUGAUUUAUUGCUAUCUGAAUUCAUAUCAAUCGUAAAGCAGUAUGUAAUCAAUGAAAGGAAGCGCAUAGCCAAGUUAGCCUGUGAACAAAUAGAUGAAAGAGCAAGGCUGUUGAAGCGAUAUCUCAAAAGAAAGUGAUUGCGAAAUUUGUUGUGAAGUUACUGUGUACUGUUCAUAAAAAUCUGGAAGUGCGGGUCGGACUCAUAUACAAACGGUUCUAUACCAUAGUGCAAGAUAUAACUAUGUAAAUACUUUUUAAUUAUUUUUUUUUGCAUGGUGGCCAUUUUGAAAUUUUUAUUAUUUUUUGUUAUAGCAGCAAUAGUGUGUGUAGCCGGUGAUGUGUAUUUAAUUAACUAUUAUUAUUAUAUAGCAACUAGAAAUAUAGUCCCUGAAAUUAUCCAUGAAAUGUAUUGAUAGUAGCUAAUUCUUUAAUUGGCCACAAUCUAAACUAAAAUGACAAGUCUAAUUAAAAGUAUAUUGCUAUCCGUUUCAUAAUUCUCACAAUGAAAAAGAAUAGCACUAGUUUACAGAUUGUGUACAUCAGAAUUGGUCACAUUUAAAAAAUAAAUAUUAUUGUAAUAUAAAA